AUGCAAAAGUAUCCAAAUCAAACGAUUAUAUGUGAAUGUGCGACAGGUUUAGUAGAGGAAGAUGAUGGAGAGGUGUUCAAGGUGAAGAAGUCUAAGCAGAGCAGCCGACUCGCUAAGCGGCGCGAGAAGGAACGCCGGCGGCCUGACGGUGAUAAUAACAAAUAUGACCAUACCCUUUAUGAGGAAAAUGAGAAAAUGGACGUAACGGAGAACAACCACGAGAAGCCGAAAAAGAAAAAAGUGUCUCUAGAAGGGCUGAUCCUGUCUGGACGAGAGGCAUUAGCAGCGGAUGGGGCGGGGGACAUUUCUGAUGAAGAGCAGAGCGGGGACGAAGAAGACAAUAGGGGGUUCCACCAGUACCGCGCGGAAUCGGUUCGGGCCGCGCUGGCGCCCGGCGUGAUCCCCGAUGCGGCGCUCAUCCACGCCGCUCGCAAGUCCCGACAGCAGGCUCGCGAAUUAGGCGACUUCGUGCCGAUAAAGCCAACUGAAGUGCCGGGGUCGCGGUUGGUGCGCGAUGACGGCUCCGGGGACGAAGACGAGGGCCGGAUUGAGGUCCGCGGCUUGGAAUUACCCAGUGACAAGCCUAAGCGUGGCACUGCUGUGGCGCCGACUAACGAAGAACUAGACAGUGAACCGGACGAGUGGGAGGAGCAACAGGUUAAAAAGGCAAUGACUGCGUUACCCGAUAUUACAGGCGACGGCGAUAUUAACCCGUUCAGCGUAGCCCCGCCUCCGCCGCGAUUGCACGAUGCGCCCGCGCAUCUUCGCCCGUUGGCGCUGGAAACGCACCAGCCGCCCACCUCCGCGCCAGAACUGGUAGACGCACUAAAGAAACGGUUGGCCGAGCUGCAAACCGAGCGCGAUUCGACGUUGGCCCGCUUCGACGCCUGCAAAGAGCGUCUGCUGCAUGCGUCGCGCGUGCGCGAGUCACGUUCGGCGCGCUGCGGCGCACUGGACGCCGCCUACAGACGCGCGCAGGCCGUGCGGGGCUAUAUCACCGACCUUGUGGAGUGUCUAGACGAAAAGCUCCCGCAGCUGGAAGCGCUGGAGGCCCGUGCGUUGGCGCUAGCGCGGCGCCGCUGCGAGUUCCUCACCGAACGACGUCGGGCCGAUCUGCGCGACCAGGCGCAAGACGUCCUUGCCCUCGCUGCGCGACCCGGCGCGGCGAAGCCUGUGGACACGGAGGACAAGAUUCGACGUGCGGCCGAGCGAGAGGGGCGACGGCGCGCGCGGCGGCUGGCCAGAGAGGCCGCGGCAGCUGCGGCGGGGGCGGCGCCCAGGCAUCGCGACGGAGACUCCAGUGACGACGACCUGCCGCCGGCGGAGCACCAGCACGUGGCACUCGAAAAAGAAGCGAUCCGACAAAUGUCAGCUUCUCUGUUCGCGGACGCCCUACCGGCUUGGCGCGACCUAACGGGCGUGUGCGCAAAGCUCGCCCGUUGGCGCAGACGCGAGCCCACACUUUACACCGACGCGUACGUCGCCGACUGCCUGCCCAAACUGCUGGCACCUUAUGUUAGACAUCAGGUAAUAAAUAGUACAUUGUGAAUUAAGGGCGGUAAAAAAGAAAUU